AUGGUGAACCUCGUUGCAGCACAAAAGCCAUUGUUGCAUGGCCUAAUGAAAAUGGCUGGUAUUCGACCUCACACAGUAGAGAUCGAGCCAGGCACGGUUAUGAGCAUUUGGGUCCCCUCUGAAACAAUCCAAAAGCCCAAAACCACCGCAGAGGCGGCUGCCACCAUGACUGCCAAACCGACAAAACCGGUGGUCGUACUAGUCCAUGGUUUCGCGGCCGAGGGCAUUGUCACCUGGCAAUUCCAGGUGGGUUCAUUGACAAAGAAGUACUCAGUUUACGUGCCGGACCUCCUCUUUUUCGGUGGUUCAAUCACCGAUAGCCCCGACAGGUCGCCGAGGUUCCAGGCGGAGUGUCUGGCCAAGGGGCUGAGGAAGUUGGGGAUUGAGAAGUGCACAGUGGUUGGAUUUAGCUACGGCGGUAUGGUUGCGUUUAAGAUGGCAGAAUUGUACCCCGAUUUGGUGGAGGCGCUGGUGGUUUCUGGUUCAAUUCUGGCCAUGACGGACUCCAUUAGCCAUGCAACACUUAGCAGCCUCGGGUUUUCUUCAUCGGCGGAGCUUUUGUUGCCGACCAGCGUCAAGGGCUGCCAGGCACUUCUCAAAGUCGCUGCUCAUAAGAAGCUUUGGUUCCCUGAUCGGCUUCAUAAGGACUUCCUCGAGGUGAUGUUCAACAACAGAAAAGAAAGGGGAGAAUUGCUGGAAGGUCUUGUGGNAACACUCAAGGAUCGAGUGACCCAACUUGAUGGCAAGGUCGACCAUUUGGACGGACAAGUGUAG